AUGGAGUUGCAGCCUCCGCCACCACCGCCUCCUUUUCCUCCUCCUCCUCCGGACGGCCACCCUCCGCCUCCUCCUUUGCCUCCUCCUCCUCCAGUCGACCAUCCACUACUUCCACCUUUACUACUUCCUCCACCAGAAGGCCAACCACCUCCGCCUCCUCCUUUGCCUCCGCCAGAAGGCCAUCCACCACCACCACCUCCUUUGCCACCACCUUUUCCUCCUCCUCCACUGUCAGUUGUUAUUGAAGUUAGCGUGAGUGGAAUAGCUAAAACUGUUAUCCCACCUCCAGUAUCUCCUUUAGAGCCACCGCCGCCUCCUCCUCCUCCUGUGCUCCAUCCUCCACCUCCUCCGCCAGAACUCCAUCCUCCAGUAGAUUCCACAGCAAUUAAAAGAGAACAGACCAAAACAAAAUAUAGAAUCUAG